AUGGCAUCUACAUCUGAUUUACAACAGCAGGCCUUAACAUUUUACUCCACGAAAGAUGGAUCACUUUUAUCUGACUUCAAUACACUUUCUUUGAUACUGCAUGAUUCUUCAAAUUGCCCAGCAUGGCUUAUUACAGGAAUAAUACAACAAGCUUUGUCAAAGGAUAAUGAAUGCUACCUUUCUCCGCAAGCUCCAAAGGUAACAAAAGCUACAAUCCCUACGUUUUUGUAUUCCUUCACAAACACCGAACAAACCUAUAGUAAAUGCUUUCAAAAGUAUAUUAAUUCGAAUAAGGAUUUCUUAAAAUUUACGUCAUAUUUAUCCGACUCAUCGAAAGAUCCAAGUAAGUUUAGUACAGACGUACUCCAAGAUGUAGGAAAAGUAGAAGAAAAACCAUUUGUCAUAAUUGAAAAUCCAGAAUUAUUACUCUCUAUAGUACCAGGAAUGACUAUUAUACAAUUACUUUCGCAAUUGAAUGAAAUUCAAAAACACACAACACUUUAUAUUGUCACGUCUACAUCUCCAAAUAAAUCUUCUCUGCUGUCCAUGUUAUUACAUAGAUCUUCAUUGAUUAUAACUCUAACAGCAUUAACUACAGGAAGGGCAGAUGACAUGUCGGGCACACUAUCGGUAUCUCCCGGCCCAAUUAAAUCUAAACAGAAUGUAUCAGAUCGUCAAUAUUCAUACCUAGUCUCCACAAAUAAUGUUAAACUCUUUUAUAAAUAG